AUGGCAAUUGUAUGGCAAUUACCCCAUGUUUUGAAUGGAAUGGCACUCAAUAGGCAUUGAAUUCUCAAUUAUAAAUUGUAUUCAAAAAUAAUAUAUAAUAAGUGUUUAAUUAAUAGAAAAAUUGUAAUCAUUUUUAUUUUAGUCAAAAUCAUAUAUCAACUAAUGUUUAGUCAAAUUGUUUGUUAAUUUAGUGAUUGAAUGCACACAUGAUUUACAUAAAGAUUGGACACAAUUAUAGUGAUAAUAAUUUAGUGAUUCAGUGAUUGGACAACAUUUUGAACAGUGAUUGCAAUUAGUGUUGGCUUUGGAUCACAAUUUGGUUACACUUUUACUGCUGAAGACAUUUGUAUUAUAACUAUAGAUUGUUUGAGUGAUUUGUUGAACAAAAAACAACGAAGACAUCUGUGAAUCCAAUCAAUUGAUCCAAUGAUAUAGACAUCUGAAGUUGAUUUGCAUUUUGAAUUUGAAGAUAUUUUUAAUCAAUUUUUUGAGUCAACUGAUUGUCUAAAGAGAUGAUAAUCGACAACACGGAUGCCCUUCGCAAUUGGCUCACCAGUUAUCUGGAACCGCUAUGCGAUGCGGAUCCACACGCUUUGGCCAAAUAUGUAAUGGCAUUAAUCAAGAAGGAUAAAACAGAAAAAGAUUUGAAAAAUGUGUGYUUAGAUCAGUUGGAAGUGUUUCUUCAAAAUAAUACAAUCAGUUUUGUGGACACUUUGUUUGAGACGAUAACUAAUAAGACAUAUAUAAAGUCAUCGAGUAAUAUAUCGUCGUCGACAACAACAACACCAACAACAGCUGUCAUCACCACUGCAACGACGACUACGACAACAACAAUAACAACAAAUACAUCUUCAGCUAAAUCGUCACCACAAACAUCACAACAAUUUCCUACUCAACAAUCAGAUGUUUCUUCACAACAGAAAAGUCAAGAUUUAGGAUCAAAUGCGACAAAUAAAACAUCGGACCAAAUGUUAAACUCUCAGAAUACUGAGUCCUCAUUAGUGUCUAUUAGCAGAUCCAGAGAUAGACGAAAUAGAAGUAGGAGUCGGAGUCGAUCUCCAUCUUUUAGAAGCACUCAUCGAAUUGAUUUUGAUCGCCGACAGAAUCCCCGGACUCGUAAUGGUAAUAGUUAUGAACGAAAUGAAGAGCGACGUCGACACAUACAACCGGCUAAUCUUCAGAGACGAGGUGCUCCUCAGAGGUACGGCGGAUAUAGAGGCGCUGAACGAGAUUUUAGACGACGGAGACCAUCUCCAAGACGGUCGCCAUCUCGAUCUCCUUCUUACUCUAAUUCUCGUUCCCGUUCUAGAAGUCGGUCGUAUAGUCGAGACAAGGAAUUACCGCCUAAUAAAAGAAUUCGUACUUCUUCUCGACCUAAUUCUCGUUCUCCGAGUCCUCAAAAGAGUUCCCAAAAAGACGAAGAAAAUAAAAAAUGUCGUGAUUAUGAAGAAAAGGGCUUUUGUCUUAAAGGCCAUUUGUGUCCAUACGAUCACGGCAAUGAUCCCGUUGUUUUGGACAGUAAUGUUUCGGCUGCACUUGGAAUCACUAACAACACUCCAACUAAUACGCCUUACAUGGCUUUACCUCCAAGUGGUCCAUACAAUUUGGCUGAGCCUUACAAUCCUGAGGCACCCGGAAUGGACAUACAAAGACAACAUCCACCUCCUGGACCGGGAGGUCCACCACCACUAUUAGGACCAAGAAUGCCGCCGCCACCACCACAUGGUUAUUGGCCACCACCUCCUAUGCCUAUAAGAGGUCCAAUGCCUGGUGGACCACCUCUACCACCGCCACAAUUUAUGGCACCUCCUGGAAGACCACGUGAACUGAUUGGUGUUCCCACAAUUGAUAACUCAAUUCGACCGAAUCAAACUCAAUCUAAUCGUACAGUAGUUGAACCAAAUGUAUCACAAAUGUCUAUCAGAGGUGGUAUGAGAGGCGGGUUUACUAAACAUGGAAGGGGUGGCUAUAGAAAUGUUAGAAGAGUUGCUAAUGAAAGUUCAGACAAGUCAUGUCUGGAAGUCCGCAAAAUUCCAUCAAAUUUGAACUCAAUUUCACAUUUAAAUCAACAUUUUUCCAAAUUUGGAACAAUCGUUAAUUUACAGGUAUGUCAUGAAGGAGAUCCCGAAGCGGCAUUAGUACAAUACGCAACAAAUAGCCAGGCAUUUGCAGCCAUACGAAGUACAGAAGCUGUCCUUAAUAACAGAUUUAUAAAAGUGUUUUGGCAUUCAAAAGACCAGCAACAGACACACGAACACAUGUACGGAGCAAAACCCGACAACACCGAUGAGUCCGACAAUAAGGACACUUUGGGUACAAAAGUUAGUAUAAAAGAUCGUUUGGGACAUAAAGUGAACGAAUCGACAGAAAAUGUUUUGACGGCCAUCAACUCGAGCGGAACUAUUUCGAGAACAGUAUUCGAUCCGUCAAAACUCAAGAAAAACAAUACAAUCGUUCAUAAAGAAGCCAACAGUAAGAGUAAUAACGAGGAAACGGCGUUAAGUAACGCGACUUUAACUCAAAUUAACGCCAAAAAAGCAUUAAAAUUGAAGUCAACAAACACACAGAAACAACAAAUAUUUAGUAAACAACACAAAAUAUUACAAGAAUUGAUUACAAAUCAGAAACAAUUAAUGACUAAAUUGGAGAAGAGUGCCAAUGAAACUGAAAGAAAUACCAUUAAACAGACAAUCGAUCAAAUUAGUGAUAAAAUACAAGUGAUUUCUGAUUAUAUUAAGAAAUUAAUGAACGAUUCAAAGAAUUUAAAAAAAGAGCAAACAAGAGAGGAACUGAUGACAGAGAUACUCAAUACAGAUCUCGAUAUGUUUAUUAAAAUGCAAAACAAUGACGGCUCGUAUGUAGACCUGGCUAACAGAUACGCUAAACUCAAGAAAAAGGAAAAGAUUUUAGUAUCCAAUAGGGGACGACAUUUUAGUCCGUAUCCCAUGAGAGGUCGCGGUUAUCCUCGUAGCAGAGGUCGCUUUAGACGCGGAGGUAAUCCACAUCUUAAAGUUGAUCGAAGAACCAGAAAAUUGUUGAUUCCAGACAUCAAUAAAGACGACAUGACUGACCUCUUAGAGCACUUAGCCCAAUUCAGUGACGUCGAGACAAUAGAGCCGUCAACUAAUGGCGCGGUUGUGACUUUUAAAACCCGAGUUGACGCCGAAAAUGCCGUACAAAAUAUAAGUCAAAUUAAAUUUAAGGAAAACUUUCAGUUGAAUUAUUCGUGGUUUGACGACAAGUCACCUAAAAUUGAUGGCAACUCUUUGUUAAACAAAACUAACAGCCAAUCCAAGUCAGAAAAUGAGACCAUAGAUAGAGAGAUUGAAGGCAUUGGAGAGGAAUUGUUAGACUUUGAAGAAGACGAGACUGAAGAAGACGAAAGUGAAGCUCGCAAUUGGAAAGCCUGAUACACACGACUGUCCUAUAAUUAUAUACUAAAUUUAGUUAAUA